CACACACACCCCAUCCAGUUUAAGCUCCUUCAGUGAGCACUUACCAUUCACAGUUUCAUAGCAGCAGGAGCAGCGUCGGUGGCCGCUGCCGCGGGCAGCACCAGAAGCAACGGCGGCAGGGCACAGCCAGCCGUAGCCCUAUCCUUGCCGUUCACUUUUUCUUUCCUUCCCUUUAACAUCGCUAUAUUGAGAGUAACGAUCUUAGUUUCUUUUUGAAAUUUUUCUUCUGAAUCUUCUUCUCAUUCUUUUGGAAAAGGACAAAACAGUGAGGAAAAGGUUGCAGCAAGGAAAAAAUAAAACACCACAAAACCAACUCCAAGUCAAACCCUCCUGCAAAAAUUUUGGUUGCAUUGUCACAUUCUUAUUAUGGAAGUUAAGUGAAAAACAAGACAAAAACAAAAACAAAUAAACAAAACAAAACCACAACAGCAAAACUGGACCUGGAACUAAUGUGGAUGAGAAAGAGAGAGGGUGGGAAGAAAAGAAGCGAUCAAGCUCAUGCCUUUUCGUCAGAAUGAUGGGUAAUUUUUGGAACAAUUUCUAGGAAUUAGGUUCUUUUCUUCCUAUUUCUUCUUGGCUUCUGAAGAAAGAACUUGGCUUUGGAUUGAAUGGAAUCUAAAAACUGCGUUUUAGACUUGAAUAAUUCUUCUACCUGAGGUGGAUUGGUGCGGAUUUAGUAAGCAGAGUGUGGAAAUCUAGCAGCCUUUGGAACUCCCUCUAUUAAUCUGGAUGUAUCUAAAUGUGCCCUAUUCGAGAUCUUUUCAACAUCUUUUGAUCUUGAGAUUUGCCCUUUAAUUAGCUUCUAGGGAAAUCUAAAUUAAGACCUACAUCUUUUUUUUUUUUUUUUUAAAGACACCCAUCUUGUUUUCUGGGAUUGGUAUUUUAAGCAAUCUGGAUCAUUUUUAGUAUGUCAGAAUGUGUCUACUAAUGUUUACACAACUCCUCCUCUGUGGAUUUGCGUAUUUUCAGGUUAAUGGAUCACGUCUUCGACAGGAAGAUUUUUCUCCCAGGAUUGUUGAGCAUCCUUCAGAUGUUAUUGUUUCUAAAGGAGAACCAACAACUUUGAACUGCAAAGCUGAGGGCAGGCCGACUCCUACUAUAGAGUGGUAUAAAGAUGGUGAGAGGGUGGAAACUGACAAAGAUGAUCCCCGAUCCCACCGCAUGCUGCUGCCUAGCGGAUCUUUAUUUUUUUUGCGUAUUGUCCAUGGACGUAGAAGCAAGCCUGAUGAAGGAAGCUAUGUCUGUGUGGCAAGGAACUAUCUUGGUGAGGCAAUGAGUCACAAUGCAUCUCUGGAAGUGGCAUUAUUAAGAGAUGACUUCCGGCAAAAUCCCACCGAUGUUGUUGUUGCAGCUGGAGAGCCUGCUAUCUUAGAGUGCCAGCCUCCUCGAGGACAUCCAGAGCCCACCAUCUAUUGGAAGAAAGACAAAGUUCGAAUUGAUGACAGGGAAGAGAGAAUAAAUAUCCGUGGUGGGAAACUGAUGAUUUCAAACACUAGAAAGAGUGAUGCAGGCAUGUAUACCUGUGUUGGUACAAACAUGGUGGGAGAACGAGACAGUGAUCCAGCAGAAGUGACCGUCUUUGAGCGACCCACUUUCCUCAGACGGCCAAUUAACCAAGUGAUACUGGAAGAAGAAGCUGUUGAAUUUCGAUGUCAGGUCCAAGGAGAUCCCCAACCAACUGUCAGAUGGAAGAAGGAUGAUACAGACUUGUCAAGAGGAAGAAUCGACAUCAAAGAUGAUUACACAUUGAGGAUUAAAAAGGCUAUGAGUUCAGAUGAGGGAACCUAUAUGUGUGUUGCUGAGAAUCGGGUUGGAAGAGUGGAAGCAUCUGCUACUCUCACUGUUAGAGCUCGCCCUGUUGCUCCUCCACAGUUUGUGGUUAGGCCAAGAGAUCAGAUUGUAGCUCAAGGUCGAACAAUUACAUUUCCCUGUGAAACUAAAGGAAACCCUCAGCCAGCUGUUUUUUGGCAGAAAGAAGGCAGCCAGAAUCUGCUUUUCCCAAACCAACCUCUACAACCUAGCAGCAGAUAUACAGUGUCACCAACUGGAGAUCUGACUAUAACAAACAUUCAGAAAUCUGAUGCAGGCUAUUAUAUUUGUCAGGCCUUAACUGUUGCAGGAAGUAUUUUAGCAAAGGCCCAGCUGGAAGUUACUGAUGUUUUGACAGAUAGACCUCCACCUAUAAUUCUACAAGGCCCAGCCAAUCAGACAUUAGCAGUAGAUGAUACAGCCUUGCUGAAAUGUAAAACCACGGGUGAUCCUCUUCCUGUUAUUAGCUGGUUAAAGGAAGGAUUCACUUUUCUGGGUAGAGAUCCAAGAACAUCUUUACAAGAGCAAGGAACGCUGCAGAUUAAGAAUUUACGUGUUUCUGAUACUGGCACUUACACAUGCGUGGCUACAAGUUCAAGUGGAGAGACAUCAUGGAGUGCUGUUUUAGAUGUAACUGAAUCUGAAGCAACAAUCAGUAAAAAAUAUGAUUUAAAUGACCUACCUGGAUCACCUUCCAAACCUCAGGUUACUGAUGUCAGUAAAAAUAGUGUCACCUUAUCCUGGCAGCCAGGAAGUCCUGGAAGCCUACCAACUAAUGCAUAUAUCAUUGAGGCCUUUAGCCAAUCAGUGAGCAAUAGCUGGCAAACUGUGGCAAACCAUGUAAAGACGACAUUGUACACUGUAAAAGGACUGCGACCCAAUACAAUCUACUUGUUCAUGGUGAGAGCUAUCAACUCUCAGGGUCUUAGUGACCCUAGCCCCAUGUCAGAUCCUGUGCGCACACAAGAUAUAAGCCCACCAGCACAAGGAGUAGAUCACAGACAAGUACAGAAAGAAUUGGGGGAUAUCAUUGUACGUCUUCAUAAUCCUGUUGUGUUGACUCCUACCACAGUUCAAGUCACAUGGACUGUUGAUCGUCAGCCCCAAUUUAUACAAGGCUAUCGAGUCUUGUAUCGCCAGAUAUCAGGGCUCCCAUCUCCAUCAACAUGGCAAAACUUAGAUGCUAAAGUGCCUACAGAACGCAGUGCUGUUCUAGUUAAUCUGAAAAAAGGAGUGACUUAUGAAAUUAAAGUUCGACCAUAUUUUAAUGAGUUUCAAGGAAUGGAUAGUGAUUCCAAGUCAGCCCGCACUACUGAAGAAGCUCCAAGUGCUCCCCCACAAUCUGUCACAGUGUUGACAGUUGGAAACCACAACAGCACAAGUAUCACUGUUUCCUGGGACCCUCCUCCUCCAGAUCAUCAAAAUGGAAUUAUCCAGGAAUACAAGAUCUGGUGUGUGGGAAAUGAAACUCGGUUUCAUAUCAACAAAACUGUAGAUGCAUCAAUUCGAUCUGUGGUUAUUGGUGGAUUAUUCCCAGGCAUUCAGUAUCAGGUAGAAGUUGCAGCAAGCACCAGUGCAGGGAUUGGUGUGAAAAGUGAUCCACAACCCAUCAUCAUUGGAGGACAUAACGAAGUUGUCAUCACUGAAAAUAACAACAGCAUAACUGAACAAAUAACAGAUGUUGUGAAGCAGCCAGCCUUUAUAGCUGGGAUUGGAGGUGCAUGCUGGGUAAUUCUGAUGGGUUUCAGCAUCUGGUUGUAUUGGCGCAGAAAGAAGAGAAAGGGACUCAGCAAUUAUGCCGUCCAGUCCUUUACCUUCACCCCAGCAGAUACAAAUUUGCACGGCAGGUUUGCACGUGGCACAGAGAAGGGGAGCUCGAACAAAACAGUCACUUUUCAAAGAGGUGAUGCAGGACUAAUGAGCAAUGGAAGCCGACCAGGGUUACUAGAUGCUGGUGACCCCAGUUAUCCUUGGCUUGCAGACUCUUGGCCAGCUACCAAUCUACCUGUGAACAAUAGCAAUAGUGGGCCAAAUGACAUUGGAAAUUUUGGUCGUGGAGAUGUGCUGCCACCAGUGCCAGGCCAAGGAGAUAAAACAGCUACUAUGCUUUCUGAUGGAGCCAUUUAUAGCAGCAUUGACUUCACCACCAAAACAACUUAUAAUAGUUCAAGCCAAAUAACACAAGCAACACCAUAUGCUACCACACAGAUCCUACACUCCAAUAGCAUUCAUGAAUUGGCUGUUGAUCUGCCUGAUCCUCAAUGGAAAAGUUCAAUUCAGCAGAAAACGGACUUGAUUGGAUUUGGUUAUUCUCUUCCUGAUCAAAAUAAAGGUAACAAUGGUGGGAAAGGUGGGAAAAGGAAGAAAAAUAAAAACUCUUCUAAAUCCCAGAAAAACAAUGGAUCAACCUGGGCUAAUGUCCCACUACCUCCUCCUCCAGUUCAACCCCUCCCUGGCUCAGAGUUAGAGCACUAUGCAGCAGAUCAGCAGGAAGCUGGUUAUGAUAGUGAUGGCUGGUGUCCACCAUUACCAGUUCAAACAUAUUUGCACCAAGGCAUGGAGGAUGAGCUAGAGGAAGAUGAUGACCGAGUCCCAACACCUCCUGUUCGAGGAGUGGCCUCUUCACCUGCUGUCUCAUUUGGACAACAAUCUACUGCAACUUUAACACCCUCCCCACAUGAAGAAAUGCAACCCAUACUUCAGGCUCACCUUGAUGAGCUGACCAGAGCCUAUCAGUUUGAUAUAACAAAGCAAACAUGGCACAUCCAAAGCAAUACUAAACCUCCUCAGCCCCCAGUUCCACCAUUAGGUUAUGUUUCUGGGACCCUGAUUUCAGAUUUGGAGACAGAUAUUCAAGAUGAUGAUGAUGAUGACAAUGAUGAUGAUGAGGAGGAGGAAGAGAUGGAAGAAGCAUUAGAAAUUAUCAGGCCCCUAAGAUGUCAAGAGCAGACUCCAGGAUCCAGUAUGGAUAAUCUAGACAGUUCUCUGACAGUUUGCUUUUUAAGUUUUAAAGAUUUUACACUCUUAUCUGAGCAUAGCAGCUCUGCAAAUAUAUUGAAGCUCCUAGUGAUGGACAGUGGAAUGUGA